AGGUGGCUUGCGGUGCGUCGGUGAUGCUGAGGAGAAGGAGCGAGAGAGCGAGCGAGCGAGCCGAGGAGCGGGAGGACAGAGCGCAUCUUCGGCCGCCGCCGCCGCCGCCGCUCGCCUCCUCCCUGCCGGCCAGGCGUCCGGUGUCUCGUUCGCCUCCCCGGCCAGACCUCGCCCGUUGCCCAGUGACGAGCUGCUCCCUCCGCGGAAGCCGUCAAGAUGGUGGAUUUGUGCCAGGCUGGCAGCGGCGACGAGGAAGGCAAGAAGACGUCGAAAAGGUCUCGAACGAGGCGAGGCAAACGAGGCCGCCGGCGUCGCAAUAACAACAAGCACAAGAGCAACAUCAACAACAAGCACCAAACACCGCCGCCAUUUCUACCACCAGAGGCUGAAGAAGGAAACAUUGAAUACAAGCUCAAGCUGGUCAACCCCUCCCAGAACCGCUUUGAGCACCUGGCCACGCAGCUCAAGUGGCGUCUUCAGGAAGGCCGCGGUGAGGCCGUCUACCAGAUCGGCGUGGAGGACAACGGGCUGCUGGUGGGUCUGAGCCGAGCCGACAUGACGGCCUCCAUCGGAACCUUGCGCAAGAUGGCCGACAAGGUGGGUGCUGACAUCACGCUGCUGCGGGAGCGUCAGGUGGACUCAGACGCUGACGGGAACGCACGAGGGAUCGCCGAGGUCCUGGUGCGGAAGGUUCCGGAUGACCAGCAGUUCCUAGACCUGCGCGUGGCCGUGCUGGGCAACGUGGACUCGGGGAAGUCCACGCUGCUGGGCGUGCUGACGCAGGGCGAGCUGGACAACGGGCGAGGCCGAGCGCGCCUCAACCUCUUCAGGCAUCUCCACGAGAUCCAGACGGGACGCACGUCCAGCAUCAGCUUCGAGAUCCUGGGCUUUGACAGCAGAGGACAAGUGGUCAACUACAGCGACUCGCGCAGCGCCGAGGAGAUCUGCGAGAGCUCCUCCAAGAUGAUCACCUUCAUCGACCUGGCGGGACAUCACAAGUACCUGAAGACCACCGUCUUUGGACUCACCAGCUACUGCCCGGACUUUGCCAUGCUGGUGGUCAGCGCCAACACCGGCAUUGCCGGUACCACCAGGGAGCACCUGGGCCUGGCCAUGGCGCUGAAGGUUCCCAUCUUCAUCGUGGUCAGCAAAGUGGACGUGUGCUCGCGGGGGGGCGUGGAGCGAACGCUCAGGCAACUGGAGCGACUCCUCAAGCAGCCGGGCUGCAACAAGGUCCCGCUGGUCGUCCGUACGGCCGACGACGCCGUCGCCGCCGCGCAGCAGUUUGCCCCCGCCGCCUGCGUGACGCCCAUCUUCACCUUGUCCAGUGUGUCAGGAAAAGGUCUGGAGCUGCUCAAGGUCUUCUUGAACAUUCUUCCUCCUCUCAGCAACAGCAAACAGCAGGAGGAACUCAUGCAGCAGCUCACCGAGUUCCAGGUGGACGAGAUCUACUCUGUUCCCGACGUGGGGACGGUGGUAGGCGGGACCUUGUACAGCGGCGUGUGCCGCGAAGGCGAGCGUCUGGCGGUGGGCCCGACUGACGAGGGCGGCUUCCUGCGUGUGAAGGUUCUGUCCAUCCAGAGGAACCGCUCCACCUGCAGGCUGCUGAGGGCGGGGCAGGCGGCCACGCUGGCGCUGGGCAACCUGGACAGGACGCUGCUGCGCAAGGGCAUGGUGAUGGUGAGUCCCAAGAUGAAGCCCACCAUCUGUCGCCACUUUGAGGCGGCCGUGGUUCUCCUCUUCCACGCCGGGACCUUCCGCCGCGGCUCGCAGGUCACGGCGCACGUGGGCAACGUCAGGCAGACGGCCGUCGUGCAAAGGCUGCACGGGAAGGAGGAGCUGAGGACGGGCGAGCGAGCCGUGGUAACCUUUUGCUUCCUCAAACAUCCCGAAUAUCUUCGGACCGGCGCCAAACUUCUCUUCAGACAGGGAGUCACCAAGGGCAUAGGACACGUCACACGCCUCCUCACCACAGAAAACAUCCAGAACCACGACAACCAGAACUACUAGGAUAGAAGCGCCAUAACCUGAAGCAUCACAACCACUAGAAAGCAAACUCUACAACCACAAGCACCACCGUUUUUGUCGUCAACAGUAAUUAGCCACCUUAGCAUGCGACCCGCGUGCCAGAAAAGGCAGCUUGGACUUCAAACGUUUCAGUCCCAUCCUGAAAUGAAGAUGCUUGGUGUUUGUUUACUAGAAAGAACAAUAUGUGACAUUUACUGUGUUUGACACAUCGAAAAAUAAUAGAGUGGAAAGCGA